UGGGCGUUACAGAUAUUCAGGAAAUUAUUAUUCCUCUGUUUAUUUUCCACUUCACUUAUGUUAGCUGGAGUGUACAGUACUUUGUAAACGAGGCCUGUAUCUUUCAGGAGUGAUUCAUGGUGGCCCAUCAGACACACCAAUGAAGAAAAAGCCUAGUACUCCUCUGCGUCCCAAACGCAGCAGGCUGGUCAGUGCCAGCAGUGAAUGUGUUACAGAGCCAGGCACGGUGCAAAGCUCCAGUGCUCCACCAAACUCUGAAACUGUCCCAGAAUCAGACUCACAAAUCAGGCACCUGACAAUGUUGCAGCACAGUCACAACCUCCUCAAGUUUUUGAAUGAGGACCGGACCCGGCAGAAGUUCUGCGACGUGUCUGUGUCUGUGGGUGGGAAGCUCUACAGUGCCCACAAAGUGGUGUUGGCCCAUGGGAGCAGCUACUUCCACGCUGAGCUGUCCAAGAACCCAGCUACCACUCAUGUGACCCUGGACCAUGUGGAGGACUCGGUUUUCCAACACCUGCUUGGCUUUUUGUACACUUCUGAGUGCGUUGUCGCAGAGACAGACCUACCGGCUCUAACUGAAGCGGCCCGAUUCCUGGACAUGAUGGAUAUACUAAAGAUGCUGUGUGAAGAAGGAGACGUCCACCCUGUAAGUGUGAUCCAGGCCCAGGCUGAGAUAAGAGAGUCCCCUGAGGUAGAAACGACCUCCAGUGACUCGCCAGCAUGUGACACAGACAUCCAGAGCCCAUUUGAGCAGAGCACCCUGUGCAGUCGCCAUUUUAGGUCGGAAAACUCUGUGCAGAACCACUUGGCUGAGAGUCACAUUGAUGUACAGCAGGAAAUCUCAACUGAGAAAGAGAGGGCGGCAGGUCAGAGGAGGUCGGCUCGUAGGAGGAGAAUACCCACUAAGUAUAAGAGAGAUGAUGUAGAGUACUUUGUCAACACUCCUGAGGAAAGGACUGUAUCACCCAGAGAGCAGGAUGAAGACGGAGUAGAAGAAGCAGGAGAGGUGGUUUUGGAAAACCAAACAUCCAAACUGGACACAAACAAGACAUCUAAACCAGCUCAGGGGGAUGAUGUAGUGGAUGAGGAGGAUGAAGAGGGAGAGGGAAGAGACAUGAAUGAGGAUGUGGCUGCUGAAAAGAAAAUUGCUGAAGUCUAUACAGCUGACAAGAGUGCAGAAGGAGAAAGGACAGAGCUCCAGGCUGUUCGAGAGGUGGAAGUGCAUGUGCCGGCAGCAGGAGGCUCCAGCCAGAGUCCAGUGUACCCCGAGGGUCUGGCUCCAGUCAUCAUCCAAACCUCCAACAAGAAGACUCUCAAGUGUCCCAAAUGUGACAAGACCUUUGACCGUGCAGGGAAGUAUGAGAGUCACACCAGAGUGCACACAGGAGAGAAACCAUUCCAGUGUGACAUCUGUCUGCAGUGCUACUCCACCAAGUCUAACCUGACUGCGCACAAGAAGAAGCAUGCCAGCGACGCUCCCUUCCAGAAGAAGGAGCACAAAUGCCCCUUCUGCAACAAACUCCAUGCCAGCAAGAAAACCCUGGCCAAGCAUGUCAGGAGGUUUCAUCCAGACCACAUCCAAGAGUUUCUCACCAAGAGGAAGAGGAAGAGUGAAGGCUGGAAAUGUGCUAUUUGCCUGAAGACCUUCAACCGUAGGCCUCAUCUGCAAGAGCACAUGAUCCUGCACACCCAAGACCGGCCUUUUAAAUGCUCCUUCUGUGAUGAAUACUUCAAGUCACGGUUUGCCAGGCUGAAGCAUCAAGAAAAGUACCACUUAGGCCCUUUUCCCUGCGAGAUCUGUGGCCGACAGUUUAAUGACUCAGGUAACAGAAAGAGACACAUCGAGUGUACUCAUGGAGGCAAAAGGAAGUGGACCUGCUUUGUUUGUGGCAAAUCCGUAAGGGAAAGGACGACCUUGCGGGAGCACUUGAGGAUCCACAGUGGGGAAAAGCCUCACCUCUGUAGUAUCUGUGGCCAAAGUUUCCGUCACGGCAGCUCCUACAGGCUUCACCUCAGAGUCCACCACGAUGACAAGCGCUAUGAGUGUGAUGAAUGUGGGAAAACCUUUAUACGCCAUGAUCACCUGACCAAACAUCAGAAAAUACACUCUGGUGAGAAGGCACACCAGUGUGAGGAAUGUGGCAAAUGCUUCAGGCGCCAUGAUCAUCUGACUGUCCACUACAAAAGUGUUCAUUUGGGAGAGAAAGUCCGGCAGAAGUAUAAAACUGCUGUGCAUCAGUGUGAGGUUUGCAAGAAGGAAUUUAAAGGAAAGUCCAGUCUAGAAAUGCACUUCAGGACUCACUCAGGUGAGAAACCCCACAGAUGUCCUGAAUGCCACCAGACAUUUCGGAUCAAGAAGACCUUGACAAAGCACAUGGUGAUUCACUCAGACGCUCGUCCUUUUAACUGUCCCCAUUGCAGUGCCACCUUUAAAAGAAAAGACAAGCUCAAGUACCAUGUUGACCAUGUGCACAGCACCCGGUUUACUGAGCAGCCCCUCAGCACGCUCAGCGAGGACAAAAUAGUCUCCAUUCCUUUUGAGGAAACCUCAAAGGCAUAUCGUGCUGAACCUAAGUCAACCCUCCAAAACACCCCUCCAACUAUGAAUGUCUGCGUGCCAGUAACUUUAGUUCCUGUCCAGAUGGCAGGAGGAGCGCAAGGCGACCUGAGUGCUCAUGGAGCCUCGUCUCUGUCCUCCCAAAGUCACAGUGUUGUGAGCAUGCAGGCUCAAGGACAGCAGCAGAACUCUGGCUACCAGGCCGCCACAGAUCUGGCAUUCUUAGAGAAGUACACCCUCACCCCCCAGGCCACCAACAUCGUCCACCCUGUGAGGCCAGACCAGAUGCUAGACCCUCGAGAGCAGUCCUACCUGGGCUCGCUGCUGGGACUGGAUUCAGCUUCUGCUGUGCAGAACAUCUCCAACUCUGAUCACACACACUGAUGCUUCUCAGCCCUGAAACCUACCCAGUCAUUUCAGUCAGAAGAACAGAUGCUACAAUAUACACCACUAAAAUAUAUAAACAUUUUAAGACAGAGGGCAAUAUUUGACCUCCAUGUAAAUUAUUAAAUUGAAGACAAACACGACACAACUGCACUUGAUUCAUUUUGUCACAGGAAAACCUCUGAUGUUCAGGCUGAUCUCACUGGAAAUUAGCGAAAUAGCAAAACAAUGAAAAGUAUCACCUUAACUCUGAAAAACUGGGAACAUUUUGUUACAUGUUAGAUGAUGAUACAAAGUUACUUUGGCAAUUUUUCUUUUUCAUAAACAGGUCCCUUUUCUGCACAACAACUUGAGCUUCAGUGUUAGCAGGGUUUUUAAGUGUCACAGAAUUUUGUACCUAUUAGAUUCAAAAUGAAGAGAAACAUUUUUAACUCAUGCAGAAUAAAUAUGAGCACAACUAUUAAGUAUUAGAAGUCUAAGUACUUAUGUAUGUGUGCAAGAAUGUUAUUUUAAAUACAAAUGUUUAAUCAUAUAAAAUGUGUGUAACUAUUGCUGUAAUUGUCAAUAAUCGGUAUUAAAGCAGAUUGUGGAAAAAAAGCUAAAUUUGACCUUUUAGAACAGAACUCCAGAUGCAGAUGAAAUAAGAGAUUAAAACAAUUAAAUAAUUU